AUGAAGGACAAGCGCAUUCCUGACCGCAACGAACUGCGCGACUGUAACUACGCCGUCGCAGGACAUGCUGGCACCUUAUGCGAUGAGGAUGGACAAUUCUUCGUCAAGCCCUGCACGCAGGCCGAGAUUGACUUUUACAAUUCUACCACCGAAUACCCCGAGUUUGCCGACAUCAUGCCCAGAUAUAUAGGCUCAUUGGCGCUCAACAAAUCCUCCGACUUUGAAAUCGAUGAUGCCAUCACCGGCAUCAUUUCAGAAACCGGCGCCAUCCAGACCGCCAAGGCGCAAAUCGAAGCAACCAUCGCAGAGCAGGUCUCCCGUGCGCCUGCCGAGCCGACAACGUCCAACAACGACGUCUGGAUCCCCACCAACGGCAAGAAACUCAAGACCGACCUAGGCGUCGUGCUAGGAAACGAAACCAAAGGCUUUGUCAAGCCCAACAUCCUUGAUCUCAAACUCGGCACGCGGCUGUGGGCGGACGACGCGCCCGCCGAAAAAAAACAGCGCUUCGACGAGAUUACGUCCAAGACGACGCACGGUACGCUGGGUUUCCGCAUCGCGGGCAUGCGCGCCUAUCGCGGGUCGACCGACGCGACGCAGCUCGACGACGAGGGCUACCUCGUCUACGACAAGGACUAUGGCCGCGACACGAUGAAUACUGACAAUAUCCUCGAUGGUUUCCGCAACUUCGUCUUCAACGCGGCUGCCGGGAUUGACGAGGAGCUCGGCCGCGCCAUCUGCGAGGCGUUUGCGCGCGAGGUCGGCCGCUUCCAGGCCAUCCUUGAGGCGCAUGAGACACGCAUGUACUCGUCGUCGCUGCUCUGUAUCUUCGAGGGCGAUGGCGAGGCGCUGCGCGCCGCCAUCGACAGGAAUAAUGAGGCCGUGACGGCUGUCGAGGCCAAGUUCGCCAACCGCACGACCCUGCGCACUGAUAGUGGCAUUGCCAUGGGCGAAGAUGACGAGCUGAUCCAGACGCCGUUCCUGGGCGACGAUGAUGAGCUAAUCCAAGCGGCCAUCCGAGGGGGCAGCGACGACGAUGAUGAUGACGACGACGGUGUCGAUAUGGCAACGGAUGAUGGGCCGCGAGUCUUCUCGCUAAAACUGAUUGACUUUGCGCAUGCGAAGUGGACGCCUGGUCAGGGCCCUGACGAAAACUUGCUGAGGGGUAUUCGUAGUGUACGUCAAAUCUUCGAGCAACUCGCAGAAUAG